CUCUCUCUCUCUAGAGUUUCUCUGUCUAGAUUGGCGUCUCUUUUUCUCUCUCACAAAUCAAAAGCAAAUAUAUUAGCCCUUCGCCACUGACUCUUGCGUGUUACUUCCGAACAAUACAUUACCUACUGGAAGGAAGAAAAGAGUCUCUCAGAGAGACGGGAGACUCUGUAACACAAGUACUCGAAAAAACAGAGACAGAAGAGAACCCACUGGACAAAGAAACCAAAACCCUGAUAAAGGUCCUUUCCCCGAAAUAUUGCUUGUUAUCUUCUUCUUCUUCUUCUUCUCCUCCUCCUUUAUCAGUAAGAAAGAAAAAAAAGACGGACAGAGACACAGACAGAGAUCUCGUCCUCCUACAUUUCCAACUUUGUAGCAGACAAACUAAUUUCAAUCCCUCAAUUCCAUACCUUUUUCUCCUGCUCAAAAAUUCCUUAAUUUGUCGUUUACGAUUCGAAUCGUGCUUCCUUUCUUCUGCUUUUGAUCGGUACCCUACAAUUGCCUAGGGUUUUGUGGAUCAUAAUCGAGCACUUGUUGAAUACCUCGAUUCCAGACUUAAUUAGGUUUGAUCAGAGCACAGAUUGAAGAUUGACGGAGCGUGCUCGGCGAUGGGCACGAGCUCCGAUCUUCCACGGAAUCAAAAUUGUGGAUUUGACAGCACUAGGGUUCAGUUAUCAAGUUCGGAGAUUGCUUAGGAACGAUGGUUACCCAUUGGUGCUCCGAGCAUGGAAGAGGAUUGCACGUAUUAAUUUUGUGUAGACAGUGAUCCGAGAACUUGGGAGGGCUUCUGGGCCGUUCUUGGUUUUUGCUCAUUUGAUCUUUCACUAGGGAAUGAUUUUGUUGUUGAGAUUUGCUUAUAAGGAGGUGAUGGUUUUUUUUUGGUCGGGAAGACUACACAGAGGGUCUGAUUGCAGUUCACUGUUUUUGUUUCUCAAGGAACCGUUCGGGUUAACAUAGAUUGAGCUAAAUUAUUGACCAAAGUGGUUUUUAAGUUUUGUCAUUUGUGUUUAUUGAGCUAGUUUAGUGUAAGGAGUGGGUGCCGUGUUGAUGGUUAAGUUUUGAAGUUUCUUUCGUUGAUAUCUGCUUGACCGUUGUGUGCAUUUGUGCCAGUGGGGAAGAAGUGUUGGUGGGUUUUGGAAUUGGUGUUUGUUGGAGUGAGUGGUAAGCUUAUGGAGGGAUAUUGAAGCUGGAAAUGAAUGCGGGGACAUGGUGCAUGGACAGGAGCAUAGUUGCUGGUUCGUUUCCUUUCUGGAACAUCACUUCUGGAAAGUAAUCAGAGCAUUUUUGUUUGUAGAAGGUGCUAGAAUAUUGUGUUCCUGGAUUUCCUGCAAUGUCGCGCUGCUUUCCAUUCCCACCACCAGGAUAUGAAAAGAAGGCUAGGACGGAGGAUGUGGACUUGCUAAAACAGGAAAAGCAGAGAGAGAAGAAGCAUAAAAAGGAGAAAAGGGACAAAGAGAAAAGAGAGACUGAUAAAAGUGAUGGUAAGCAUAGAGAAAAGAAAGACAAGAAGGACAAGCAUAGAGAUAAAAAGAAGGAGAAGGAGAAGGACAGAGAUAAAGAUAAGGAGAAAAACAGUACCCCAGAUGAGAAGAGACUACCGGGUCAAACUGGAGAAAAACUCGUUCAAAAAGAUGAAAACAAAAUUAAAAAUAAUAUUUCUGAUGAGAAAAGAUUUUCUGGGCAGUUUGCAGGUUACAAUGCAAAGAAACUCAGCGAGAGCCGCCAUAUGGCAGAGGAGAAGAAGGAUUCUAAAUUUGUGGAGGAGUUGGGCAGGAGGAUUAAAGAUGAUGACAGAGCAACUGAGAGCAAGUUGGUUGAGAAGUUUGCAAAAAUGGAUCAAAGAAAGGAUGAGGGGACAGCCAAAUUGCUGGCUAAAGGUACUGGCAUUUGGGCUGAAGGCAAGGAGAAGAACAAGAGGGUUGAUGAUAGAAAGGUGGAUGGUCAAGGAAUUAAAGGUGAAGGAAGAUUUAGUGGGAAUUCAAUGGUUCCGAGUCCUGCUGUGGUUUUUCAAACUAGAAUUGGAGGGAUUUCUAGGCCGUUCGAGAAAAAUGUUGAGAGAAGUGUGGAAGAGACGGAAAAGGCCAAAGAAAAGGAAGGUGAUCAUAAACGGGGGGAUAAACGCAAGGAUAAAGAUCGAGAGAAAAAGAGCCAUGGGAAGGAUAAGGACAGGGACAAAGAGAAGAAAAAGGAGGAGAAAACAAAGGGGAAAAUUGACCAUAAGAGUACAGAACACGAUAAAUUAAAAGAUGUCAACAAGAGUGAUCUUAUCAGUAGCCAUAAUGCUAAAACCUUACAACUUCCCAAGGACAGCAACAAGAGUGCUGCUUCUGAGAAAAAUCUCAAGAAACGGAAGGAAGUUGAGACGAAUGGGGUUUUACAUGCCAGUGAUCUUAGGCCCUAUAAGUUGGCAAGAACCACGUCUUCCUCCCAUCUAUUUUCGGAAAAUGGAAGGAUAUUGGAACCUUGUCAAACUUCUGUCCUGAAUGCUUCAGAUAGGCAUGGUGCAGCCAGUAAUCCUAAGGCGGAUGAUAUGGAACGCAAGAUAAAUGGCAUUAUAGAUCAGUCAUCUUCUGACUCAAAGAAGUCUACGUUUGUCACUGCACAAGCUGAUCAGAUUGCUCGAGUCUCUGCCAAGCCACCCCACCCAGAUUCUAAAUAUCUAAGCGAGGUGUAUAUGGUACCGAAAAUGGGCGAAUGGUCAGAUUAUGAUGGCCAAGAAUGGUUGUUUAGCAGCGGUGAUUUUCAAUCAGAGAAGUCCAAGGUGGAAUCUUUAGGGGUUGAGGACACACCACAGGUAUGGGAUGAAGCUCUGAGAAUAGAGUCUGCUGAUGUUUGUGCCCUGCCGUAUGUUAUUCCUUACUGAUUUUAAUGAUACAAAUGGGCACUAAUCAUUGAAAAUGGGCAUGCUUCACCCUCCUGCUCUUGAGCUGGGAAAGAAACCCUUCAUCAGGAACCCAACCAGAGAAGGUACAGCAUCAUCUGGCCCGUGGAGUUGGAUUUUCGGAUUUUCUUGAUGCAUUCUUUUGUAUUGCACGCUGUUCCACAGGGUCAUGUGGGUCAGUGCAUGCCUUGUUCUUCGACUCGGUUCGUUGAACGUUUGCAUGCUCCAGUGCAGCAUUGGGACUAGAUUGCGGACGGGAGGGGGGAUUUUUGCCUCAUGGCAUCAGAUCAUUAACUCAUUCAAAAUGGCAUAUUUCAUACAAGGCAACUGCGGAAGGUUGCUUUGGAUUUGAGAAAGGAGAUGUAUAAGCUCGUGCGAUUUUAUUAUAUUUAUGUAAGAGCUGAGCUUAGAAGUUGUCUAAUCAGAAUGUAAGGGAAACUAGAUGUGGUCUCUACAACCCGGCCACAAUUUUGAUUUGUAACAUACAACUCUUAUUUACAAGAAAUGUAAAAUAGAGGAAAAGAAAGUAGUGGCAUUCAUUCAUUUUCGGUCUCCUAAUAUUCUUAAUCUGAGGGGACCCAAUUUUUCAGGUAGGAAAUAUAAUUCCUGUAAAUAAAAUGUUCU